CUCGUCCGAGCAGAGCCCAUCAUGAACCGUGGGAACGUAUUGUUCGGCAAACACGAUCCCACCAUUCUCGUCCACUGAAGCGAAUGACCAGCUCUUGUUGUCGAACAGGUUGCAUGACGCCCCGAGCUCGGCAAUACCCACCGGGCCCCGACCAUACACCGUACCAUCGAAGUCGGGAUCGUUAACGGCCUCGUUCCAGAGGAGGCACUGUUUGAACUGGUGGGCCGUGAGGAUAGCGUCGCCGUCGACCAUGUGAACGAGCAGGAAGCUGGGGGUGACCCAUUCCAGGGUCCCCUUGUGCUUAGAAUUAAACUCGAGGUGUUGUGGGGUAAGUGGUUCGUCCGCUUUGGUCCGGCCAUCGACCACGUUGCCCACGUACGCGUUGGGAGUCUGGGAAGCAGGCAUCGGUAGGCGGGUUCUCGCAGGGGAAGGAGAGAUCUGGUGGGAGCACAGGUUCGCCCCCUCCUCCCUAUUUGUUUCAUCUUGCCCGCCCCCUAUACAGGCAAUCCGCGUGCUCCCGACCUGUAAUUCGAUCGGCGGGGCUUCCUUGAUCCCCUUAAGCAAUUGGGAUAUGUGGUUGAUCCCCAGGCAUCCAAGUCAGGUCCCCCGACUUCCACUUGACCUCGAAGAGGGCUCGACGUCGACUUCCUGCGUGUCCGACGACUCGAUCCACAGCCCAUUCGGCGUCUGUCGCCGCGUCGGCCACAUUCAAUUGAUUUUCCAUUCGGCCGGGAAAGCGCCGGUCAUCGUUAGGCACGUGUAUCCUUAACAGAGACGCAUGGAAGACGUCGUGCAGGCCCCUCUGGACCAGGUUAGGGGGUAAAUCCACUCGGAACGAUGAGUUCCCAAAGUCGCGUGUGAUACGGUCGCCCUCCAGGAACGGGGCCGGUAUUCUCUUCCGGUUUGCCGUCCUGAUGUGUUUCACCCGGGACGCUAUUAUAGCGUCGUGUGCGGACAUUAUCGCCAAGCGUCGUUGGAGCAGGAAAGCGGCGAUACCUGGGAACUCCUUCGACUUGCUGGACUCCCACAGCAACGAUCUCGGCAUCAUCCCAUUAUUCAGGAAGAACGGUGAGUACCCGGUGGUUUCCGACCGGGCCAUGUUCAUGGCGAACUCGACGGCCGGCAGGCGAGUGACCCAGUCUGUUUGUUUGUCACUCACACAUUGCCUCAGGAGCUGCGUCACGGUUCUGUUAGCGCGUUCCGUCGCUCCGUCGGUCUCUGGGUGAUAUGCGCUCGACAUCUUCAGUUCCGUCCCUA